UGCUCUGCGAUGCAUUAUAAAGAGGCCUCGAACGUAACGCAAUUCAUCUCAUCAUCUUCUUCCUAGAAGUGCCAGAAGAAACCAAAUGGGUCUCAAGGAGGAUUUUGAGCAGUACGCUGAGAAAGCCAAGACUUUGCCUGACACUACAACAAAUGAAAACAAGCUUAUCCUCUAUGGAUUGUACAAGCAGGCCACUGUUGGACCUGUUAACACUAGUCGUCCCGGGAUAUUCAACAUGAGGGACAGAGCCAAAUGGGAUGCAUGGAAGGCUGUUGAAGGGAAAUCCCAGGAAGAAGCUAUGAAUGAUUACAUCACCAAGGUGAAGCAGCUUCUGGAAGAAGCAGGAAUGGCUGCUUGAUAAGAUCUUCAUUAGCCUUGCUUUAUUUAUAUUUCAACGUGUUUGCUAAAUAAGCAUAAGCAGUUUUUAGUCUGACACUGUCCAAUGCUUCCUCUCAUUAUGUGAUGAAUCAAACUGUGACUUUGUUUAGUUAAAUGUUCUUAUAGCUUUAUGGAAAUUGGUUGUGGCUGAGCCAAUGAGUGGAAACAAGUAGAAGAUAUUUAUAUAUGGUUGGAUUGAAAUGGUUUCUACUUUCAAUUCAUUUCGCC